UUGACAAAUCUCUCUCUCUCGAUCUCAAUCGAGUCAAUUGCUUGUCCCACAAUAUUUCCCAAAUUCCCAAAAACUCCAAAACCCCUCAAAACUCUAAACCCCAAAAAAAAAAAACAAUGGCCACCGCACGUCUCUCUCUCCGCCUCCGAUCCCAUCUUCACCACCACCACCUCCUCCGCAGCGCCACCCCUCUCCUCCUCCUCUCUCCAAUCAAAUCCCCAUCCCCACCGUCCAUUCCCCUCACCCCAAAUCUCCUCCGCUUCCUCUCCACCUCCCGCCGCCACCCCACAAAGCCCAAACCCAUCGACAUCGGAGCCCGAGCCCGUCAGCUCCAAACUCGCCGCCUCUGGACCUACGCUCUCACCUUCAGCUGCAUCGCCGGUUUCAUCGUAAUAGUCCUCAACGGCUUCCAAGACCAGCUCGUCUUCUACGUUACCCCAACCGAUGCUCUCGAAAAGUACGCCUCGAACCCAUCGAAAUCCAAGUUCCGACUCGGUGGCUUGGUCCUCGAAGGCUCGGUGGCUCACCCACCUUCGUCUCCCGACAUGGAAUUCGUCAUCACCGACCUCGUCACCGACAUCCUCGUCAAGUACAGAGGUUCUUUGCCGGACUUGUUUCGCGAGGGUCACUCUGUUGUCGUUGAAGGGUUUGUGAAGCCGUUUACGGAUGAGAUUAAGAACGAGGUCGUUUCGGUUAGGAGUGUGGCGAAGAAGGCGAGGAGUGGGGAGUGUUAUUUCUCGGCCACUGAGGUUUUGGCUAAGCAUGAUGAGAAGUAUAUGCCUCAGGAAGUGGCGGCGCAGAUCGAGAAGAACAAGAAGAAGUUGGAGAGAGGGGAGGAAGUUGUGGUGGCUGCUCAGGUGGAAACUAAAGGGUCGUAGAGAAAUGGGUAUGGUUCAAAAUUUGAUCUUUUUUAUGGGUCUUUGAUAUUUUUUUUGUUUUGGAUAUUUAGAGUAUAGUUGAAAUGGGGUAAUGGGUUUUGGUUAAUUCAAUAGGUGGAGGUUGUAUUUGGUUGAUUUUUAGGUGAAGGGGUACUUGAUUUAUGUUGAGAGAGAGAAAAAGAGAGGGUUUUGAUCAAUUGAGGCUUUUGAAGACUUCAAUUUUGUUGUUGUAAUACCACAUUCUUUGGCGGUGAUAAGGUAUUAGCACUUUGAUUGACUAAUGAAUAAAUUCAAUUAGGAAAUAAGAAUUCUGUCCACAGUGACUAAUGAAUAAAUUCAAGUGUUAAUUAUUA